GGUAGGUUGUAUCCCCACAGAGGAAAACCGUUACUCGACCGAGAAGAUCGACACUCUUACCGGGAACACGGCUCUUUUUAUUCUCCAGUUUUCUCCACCCGGUUUUACAGCAGUUACUCCAUCCACAUAGUCUUCUCCACGGGAUUGAAAUGUUACAUUUUCGAUCAUCGGUAGCGCUCAAGGAGUUAUUUCAAACCCAGCUGAAGCGUCCGUUGACAGGUAGAGGAGUCGGCGUGAAAGCGGCACCUGCGACAACCGCCGCCUGCUUCGGCACCGUCUCUUCGGAUGGGAGGUCGCCGGGCAGAGGGAGGGCGUUUGCCGGGUGGAGAGCCCCGCAGCACUUCACCAGGAGGCACGGCGUGAGAGGCUUUUGCUCCAAAGGCGACGGCCACAAUGAAGCCGCCAAGGAUUCCGCAACGGAGAAGAGAAGGAAGGCAGGCAUCCUGCCCAGCCUGGAGGACCUGCUCUUCUACACCAUCGCAGAAGGCCAGGAGAAAAUCCCUGCACACAAAUUCACCACAGCUCUUAAAGCCACGGGGCUUCGCACAGGAGACCCCCGGCUGAAGGAAUGUAUGGAGAUGCUGAAGGUGACCUUGAAGACGACGUCUGACGGAGCGCUGGACCGACACCUCUUCAAAAAAUGUGUCCAGAGCAACAUUGUGCUGCUCACCCAGGCCUUCAGGAAGAAGUUUGUCAUCCCAGACUUCCAGUCCUUCUGCGCCCACAUCGACGACCUCUAUGAAAACGCCAAAAACCUGUCAGGAGGGCAGGUGGCAGACUACAUUCCCCAGCUGGCCCGCUUCAGUCCAGACCUGUGGGCCGUUGCCCUGUGCACCGUCGACGGACAGAGGCACACUGUCGGCGACACCAAGGUUCCCUUCUGUCUUCAGUCUUGCGUCAAGCCACUGAAAUACGCCAUCGCCGUCCACGACCACGGCACAGAGUACGUCCACCGCUUUAUCGGCAAAGAGCCCAGCGGUCUGCGAUUCAACAAGCUCUUCCUGAACGAGGACGAUAAACCACACAACCCCAUGGUUAAUGCUGGUGCUAUCGUCUGCACCUCCCUCAUCAAGCAAGGGGCAAGCAACGCUGAGAAGUUUGAUUAUGUCAUGAACUUUAUGAACAAACUGGCAGGAAACGAGUACGUCGGCUUCAGCAACGCCACUUUCCAGUCGGAGCGAGAGUCUGGAGACAGAAACUUUGCCAUCGGCUACUACCUGAAGGAGAAGAAGUGUUUCCCAGAGGGCACAGACAUGACCUCCAUCCUGGACUUCUACUUCCAGUUGUGCUCCAUCGAGGUGACGUGCGAGAGCGCCAGCGUCAUGGCGGCGACUCUGGCCAACGGCGGCUUCUGUCCAAUCACGGGAGAGCGAGUGCUGAGCCCCGAGGCGGUGCGAAACACCCUGAGUCUGAUGCAUUCCUGCGGCAUGUACGACUUCUCCGGACAGUUCGCUUUCCACGUCGGGCUGCCGGCGAAAUCCGGUGUCGCCGGCGGGAUUCUGCUGGUCGUACCAAAUGUGAUGGGCAUCAUGUGUUGGUCUCCUCCUCUGGACAAGCUGGGCAACAGCGUCAGAGGCAUCCAGUUCUGCACGGACCUGGUUUCUCUCUGUAACUUUCACAACUACGACAAUCUGAGGCACUUUGCAAAGAAACUGGAUCCUCGCAGGGAAGGAGGAGACCAGAGGGUGAAGUCAGUGAUCAAUCUGCUGUUUGCUGCGUACACUGGAGACGUCUCAGCUCUGAGGAGGUUUGCCUUGUCGUCCAUGGACAUGGAGCAGAGGGACUACGACUCCAGGACGGCUCUGCAUGUGGCAGCUGCUGAAGGACACACUGAGGUGGUGCGCUUCCUGCUGGAGGCCUGUAAAGUCAACCCGGUUCCCAGAGACAGGUGGGGGAACACGCCGAUGGAUGAGGCCGUCCACUUCGGCCACCACGACGUGGUCACCAUCCUCCGCGACUACCACAACCAGUACAGCCCUCAGGACAGUGCCGCCGAGAAGCAGAGCGCAGAGAAGAACCUGGACGGGAUGCUCUGAGGGCGAGAGGAGGAAGAGAAACAGGAAGCUGGGUGGCAGAAAAAGUCAAGGUGGACGGUGCGCUCUGAGGGGAGAAAUAAAAUCAUUUUGCACUCGAGGAUCUUAAAUGUAGAUCAGAGAGGAAAAGCACACGCACAGAGAACAGUUCAGAACAUUAAAACAACACAGAUAAUAAACUGUACAGAGAAAAACUACUAAAUAAUCCUCUUAAAAAUAGGGCCACCGUCCCUCCAGUGUAAAAGCUCCUCAUCAUGUCGUUAGUAGAUGUUGUUGGUUUUGUAUUAUAUUCAUGUACGUACCACACUUGGGGAAAUAUUUUUAUUUUCAUUUCUCCUCCUGUAUUUUAUCGUCAGCUUUGUAGCUCUGUAGGAAACGAACCAGGCCACCAGCUGAAUGCUGGGUAAAUUCAGCUGUGGCUGUUAGAAAGUGGAUGGGACUUUUAAUUUUUUAUUCCGAAAGGCUGAAACAGGAAGCAGCAAGACGGUUUUCACUCCCCAGUUAAAAACCUUCUUCACUUCAUCGUCACAGCGUGGUGGAAUGUAUCUUCCUCCCUCCUGAAAAACAAAAAAAAGAGAGAACACUUAGGUGUGUUUGUACAUGUGUGAUAUUUAUUUAUCUGUUUAAGAUAAACUGUACAUUCAUGUCGUGUGUGUAUAUUCCUGAGGUAAAUUAGUGUAAAUACAAACAGGUUCUCGUCCGGUGGAUUCAGCUUUCAUCACGGAAAAACUCUAAAAUAUUUAAUAUUUUAAUUUGUCACUUUAAUUCAACUUUUAAAAUUCACAAGUUAAAAGCUUUCUGUUUUGUUUUUCUUCUCACAAAACUGGAUUUUUAUUUUCUCUGCUUUAUUAUUUACUAUUUAUUUUAGUUUUUUUAAUGUGUAACAUGAAGAAAUAAUGUAAGCAAAUCAGCCAAAGUUCAGGUUGAAAGAGUUCAAAUUUCCUACAUAUCUGAUGCGACACUGCCAGUGCUGAAUUACUGUAACGCGCCACCAACAACAUGAGAAGCUUGUUCUGUGUUUUUAUUUUGUUUUUAACUCGAGGUUCAAGACGUCACUGCACAAAAAAAACCUUCUGCACUCAACAUUGGAGGAUAUUUCAAAAUAAUUUAAUCUGGUUUUUAAAAUCUCAGGAAGUAAACAAUCAAUAUUAACUUUAUUUAUGAAGCACGUUUAAAACAGAGUUGAACAAAGUACUGUACAAUAAAAUAAGAUGAAGAGAAAUAUAAUGAUAUAACAUAAGAGACAAAAGGUGUAAAAAGUGAAAAAAUAAAAAGUUUAAGGACAAUCGAAAACCUGAGAAAGUUUGUGAUGGAUGACAUCUUGAAUCUAAAAUCAGCUAACUGCUGAUUAAAUCCAGUAUUAACACUUAAACAACUGAUUUAAAGGAACUAUUCACUACAAACGUGCUAGAGGUCACCUGAUGCUGAAGUCAGUGAUAAAUAAAAAUGCCACUUAUUCCAGUUUAAAAAAGUGAAAUAUUUCUCCUUGUUGGGUGCAGCAGCUCAUUUAAUUUCACACUGUAACAAAGUCGAGGCUUCUAGUGCAGAUGUGCAGUGUGUUAUCUGAUGUAUCAUAUGAAUUAUGAUGGUUUGUAUGUAAACACUUGUUCCUGCGGAGGACUCAGGAUUUUAAACACUUAAAACAACUGAAGGAGCUUUAUUAUAACACAGAUUGUUUUGUUUUUUAAUCUGUAAUUUGCAAAAGAAUCUGUCAUACUUGAAAGAUUGUGCAGAUGUUUGGUUUUUCCAGAGGUUUUGAGUGUUUGUUUGUAGUGUAUUGGACGUUUGGAUGUUGUUUGUGUACAAAACAAACUGAACCAGGCGAUGUUAACAAUCCACAAUCCACAUUUUGUUGAAAUUUAGAGCAGUGGAAAACAUUUUUAUCCCUCAGGUUGGGAUCAGCUCAUUUGGUUUGAUUAAAAAUGUUCAUCUACAGUUAAAAAGUGGAUUGAAAGAAGCACAAAACUGCAGUAUUUUAGGAAGAAUUAGCAAUAGAAAUGCAAUGAUUGUAAGAUAAAAUCAGCAAUAUGAAUUUGAGGAUUUGAUAUGAGCUGAUCUCGACCUGCAGCUCUGCUCACUCAGCUGUUGUCAGUGAAAUGAGGUGAUUUUUGUUUGUGUCUGUGCAGCUGCGACUGAAGUAAUCUGAAUGUAAACGUGUUUGGUGUCGUUCUGUUUCCUCCUCCUUGUAUAUUUAUGCUGCUUCAGCUCAUGUCGGUGGGUUACUGAGUGUCGCAGGCAGCCCAGAUAUUUAUUCACAGAUAAAAAACAUUUAAUAAAAGUUAGACCUAA